CCUACUUCGAGGCGUAGACGAUGAUGGUUCGAUCAUUCCCGGGAGGUUGUGGAGGCAAAUGCUCAUUUCUUAGAAACGGGAGAGGUAGAUGUGAUUGCGCCAAGUCAUAGUCUCCAGAAAUGAAUGCUACCUCUGGGACGAGAGGAGGACGUUCCGGCAUCCCCUAUCGGCAUAAACAGGAACAAGUCAAAAUCCCAAGCACUAUGAAAACAAUGCAGUAUGGAUGGAUAGUCUCUGCUGCUAAACCCUGAUCGCGCCUUCCUCCAUCUGGCUGCAAACACUUUGGCAAGCACCCUCCGGAGCUCUGUUCGAACCUCUUUGCGUCGAGUAGCGUGUACGCAACAUUUCCAACCAACGUUUCUUCGCUCUGCAUGAUGCUAUUCGCAUCUGUGUAUCAUCACCAGUCGCAGAAGGGGUCCCAUGAUCCCUGCAUUCCCGCAAUACGGCCUCCGAAGCGCCCCAAUCCAUCACGGGCGUGUUCGUAAUACGCAUACGAGGGCACCCGUCCAGAUGGUCGAUCUUGAUGUGCCGCCGCCUCUUCGAGAGCUGCAACGACAUCGUUCCUGCACGCGAGCACCGGCUGUGGCUCAGCAAUCUGGAUCUCCUGUGCGACGACCACUGUUCGCGGGUCUGCAACAUCACGACCGACAAUGUGGAUGUACGUCGGGAGGCGUUUCUCUGUGCUGUCGCCAAAGUGCGAGAGGGUCGGCAAUGGCUGGGCGUAGGCCCUGCGGUGACGGGCAUCCGUUGUUUCACAUCCGAUAGUGGGGUUGUAUGCAGCAUUAUCAUGCUGAUAUGGGGAGGAGACGAUCUCGUCGUCAUCAGAUGCGAUGGUGCAGAAUCUGCGGGUCUCGCGCUGAGGGCUCAUUGUCUGCCCGAGCGCAGGUCUCAUAGGGACCGCCGUGGGCCUUUCAGUCGACGCGUAGGGUUCCCAGUCUUCGACAUGUUGCAGCUGCGGAUGAACGUCUCCCGAAAUUCGAUUCUGGUGCGCAUUGACAAGAUGUCGGUCCAUGGGAGGGGGCAACCCGAAGUUCGGUAGAGUGUCCGAUGGAAACAAAAGUGCGGUUUCGUUUCUGGAGUACAUCCAGUAAAGGCGCUCGAAGCUAUUGAGCACUGGGGCUAGAGAGAGUCGGGUGGCAAUGGAUGGCAUGUCAGCUAUGAUCGUUGUUUUCCGAUUCUUUGGUGCUGGAGCAGACUCACUCGACAGGGUGGCACGACCGUAACGAGCUAUGUCUAGUACGGCAAAACUGCUCUCGAGCAAUCUUGGUCGGUCUCUCAUGCAAAUCUGUGUUCGCAGGAUUGCUAAGGCUUUAUAUAGAUGGAGCGAGAUCAAGAAAUGCGGGGUAACAAUGCAUACAUGUGAUACGCCUUUUGCCACCCAUUGUUAAUACUCAAUCCUCGAGGGCGUGUCCUAACGAUGGCUUGAUGGUUCACCCAUUGUCCGGCGAUCUGGCCUUACGAGGAGUGCCUUUCUUCCAUACUUGGGCAGCCAUCUACCCAUCAAGCGGCAUGUCAUAAGCCCUUGUGUGCGCCCACCUGCUCUGCUUGCUCCGUGAAAUACGCAUCGUGCCGCGGAGUACUCCUCCUUCGUUUACAUCCAGGAUUGCUUUGUUCCCGACGCUACAACACGCACAGGCACGAGCUGAUCAAUGCUCUGGGACACUGCUGUCUCCCUCUCUUCCCCAGUCGUCCUGCAAGCGACAAGAACAUGAAUGGUCGUACUAAUGACUAGAUUGGAACCUAAAAUCAAGGAUGAAAAGCUUCAAAAGGAUAUCUACGCAAGUAGGAUGGAGUGUGGUCACCCUUAUUGCAUCGCGCUUGCAGCUACGCUAAUGACUACUUGCUCAGCAACCGCACAUUUCUGAGGAGCGCGAUCACAACCGCCGCUCAAAAUGCACACACAACCGCCGAGGAACUCGAGGACACUUUCAGGCGUAGGAAACUGCAAAUCGCCACUGUUCGUGGAUAACGCAAACGUCCAGUCGAAAUUCUGUUCUUGAAAUAAGACUACGCUAUGUGUGGAAUAAAUCCCGUCCAAUCUACAUCAAAGAGCACCUCGGACGGCAGGCUUCUGAGCGUCGUCAGCAUGAGGAUGAUCAGAACUGGGCGUGCGAUGGGAUAUAGCAUGACAGGAGUGUAGAAUAGAACAGUCGUUAACCUUUCAUAACGCUUUCCGUCGGAAAGCAGAUCAACAAACAGGGAGACGGCCAUGGUACCUGGCCCCAGUCCGACGAUGAUCGAGCAUACUCUCCAAAGCC